UCCGGUCCGGUCCCCGGUCCGCUAAUCCCGUGUGUAAAGCUCAGCCAAUGAGCUUGGGUGUUGGUUCGGGCCGGGAUUAGCGGGGCGAGUGUCUCUCCCUGUUACUGGAUUACAGAACAAAGAGACGGGACCAGGACCCGCCGCUCCGCUCGGUGCGGGAGGACAAACUAAACACCAAUAAACCCCGAAAACACGCUCAACCGCGGCUCGGCCACGGAGCCGGGAUGAUCCGGAUUACGGCUCGGUUCUAGCGACGUGCGGAGAGACGUAGUGGACCGGAACCGCGGGCCCUGUGAUGGAUUAAACCCGGGAAUAUUCCGGGAUUGACGGCAGAGACGAGGCUAUUUAAUCGCUAAUUCGGAGGCAUGGCUCAGAUGAGGAAGCUGGCAUGUGAUGGCAUCAGGACAAACUCCCGCGGCGAGCCACAGGUCCCACUGGUAUCGGCGAGGCAGGAGAUCCUCACCAGCCUCGUGUCAGCCCUGGACUCAGUGUGCAUGGCGAUGUCUAAACUCAACGCAGAAGUGGCCUGUGUCACCGUGCACGAGGACAGCGUGAUUGCUGUUGGAACAGAAAAGGGCAGAGUGUUCCUCAACUCCAGGAGGGAAAUCCAAACAGACUUCUACAAGUUUUGCCGGGUGCCGUGUGUGCAGAAUCUGAGCGCAGCUAAUGUCCAUACCAAAGACCAGGAGGGUGACCUCAGCAAGAGUAAGGACGGAGAGCACGGGAAACACCGAGCUCCAUCAGAUGCUCAGUCCAACAUCUUUGUUCUGAGGAAGAUGGUGGAGGAAGUCUUCACUGUUCUUUACAGUGAGGCUCUGGGGAAGAGCAGCCUGGUCUCCAUGCCUUAUGAGUGGAUCCAGAAGGACCCUGGCUGCGUUGUGGCCCACGGCUUGCCUGAAGGAGUCACCCUGAAGAAACCGUCAGAGUACGACAGCAAGACUCUGAUGAAGAUUCUGGAGCAGAGCCACCGUAUCCACUUCACAGUAAAAAGACAACCAGAAGACUUGUCUCGAGAAGCCAAGUCCAGCACUGAUGUCAAUCACAACUCUUGCACCGCCGCCAUGACGCCGAGCAGCCAUCCUCCAGGCAAGACAUCUGCCCAGGCGGUCACGUCAUCGAAUCACGCCAACUCCAGCAGCUCUGCUCUGUCGAACUUCCUGUACGGCAUGCCCAUGUCCUCCAAACCUCAUCCAGAUGGCAAGCAGGAUUUCAAACCAAUAUCCCUCCUCAACCUGGGCAAAGACAGGCUGGCCAACUGGGCCGCGGGAGCGGACAAGGUCUCUUCUCUGAAGGACGGCAACAUCGAUGAGCCCACGAGACUACCUGGCGAGCAGGGUCAGAGCCCUCCUGGGAUCCACAUUUCCAAGAGGCUGCUGUUUUCCAUCGUACACGAAAAAUCAGAAAAAUGGGACUCCUUUAUUCGGGAAACGGAGGACAUCAACACUUUAAGAGAAUGUGUUCAGAUCUUGUUCAACAGCAGAUACGCUGAGGCGCUGGGUUUAGAUCACAUGGUGCCUGUCCCGUACCGCAAAAUCGCCUGUGACCCCGGAGCCGUGGAGAUCAUCGGCAUCCCUGACCAGAUCCCCUUCAAAAGGCCGUGCACGUACGGAGUCCCCAAGCUCAAACGCAUCCUCGACGAGCGCCAUGGAAUCCGAUUCAUCGUCAAACGAAUGUUUGAUGAAAGGAUUUUCACUGCUGCUGGCAAGAUUGCGAGGGAGGAGGGGAAGCACGACCAGGGCGCCCCUGAAGACGGCUUCUCUGACAGUCUGAGCAUCCUGCCCACCGAGCUGGUCAGCAACCCUCACAGCAGCAGAUCAACAAGUGCUUGUGUGAGCCCCCUGGCUGACUGUGAAGCAGGUCCUUCAGGAGACUGCAUUCCUCUGAGAAGGAUCAAAACAGAACCUCCGGACGGGGAAAUCAUUCAAGUUACCGUGCCUGAUGCUGGUAUGAGCGGGGAGGAGCCCAGUGAGCCUGCGGCCGAACCUGUGGCAGCGGCGCCGUGUCCAGCCACAUCCUCGCCCUCCGCCCCCUCAGCCCCCCCUGCUCCCUCAGCUCCGUCAGCACCCCAUCACCCGAAGGAGAGCCCCUCAGCUGAAGCCUCGUCACCCACGGUGACCUCUCAGAGCAUCAGGAGACCGUCUGAAGCUGGGAGUCUGUUGGAGGACAUUGGUGAAAUGAUUCUUCAGCUUCGGAGACAAGUGGAGAGCCUCUUCAGCAUUAAAUAUGCCGAAGCUCUGGGCCUUCCUGAACCAGCCAAGGUGCCGUACUCCAAGUUCCAGAUGUACCCAGAAGAUCUGUUCGUGACCGGGCUGCCGGAGGGAAUCUCCCUCCGGAGACCCAACUGUUUCGGAGCAGCCAAACUACGCAAGAUCUUGUCCUCCGGCAGCCAGAUCCAGUUUGUUAUCAAAAGGCCUGAACUUUUAACUGAGCCACUAAAACAAGAGAUGCCUUCCAUCCCCGUCUCUGAUACAGAUGUGGACGUCAAGGCUGCAACACCGGUGACAGAAGACGCCGCGGCCGUGUCCAAGAGACCCGGGUUCUCGGAUUGCAUGGAGUCCAAACUGUCCAGGAUCGACCUGGCCAACACGCUGCGAGAGCAGGUCCAGGACCUGUUCAACAGGAAGUACGGCGAGGCCUUGGGCAUCAAGUACCCCGUCCAAGUGCCUUACAAGAGGAUCAAGAACAACCCGGACUCGGUCAUCAUCGAGGGCCUUCCCCCCGGCAUCCCCUUCAGGAAACCCUGCACCUUCGGUUCCCAGAACCUGGAGCGGAUCCUGGCGGUCGCCGAUAAGAUCAACUUCACCAUCACCAGACCAUUUCAAGGACUUAUUCCAAAACCAGCACCUCGUCGAGUCACUUUACUGAAGAAGGCCUACGCCUCCAUAAGCGAUGAUGACGACAUCAACCGCAUGGGAGAGAAGGUCGUCCUGCGAGAGCAAGUCAAGGAGCUGUUCAACAAGAAAUACGGUGAAGCUCUGGGCCUGGACCGCUCCGUCAUGGUCCCGUACAAGCUGAUCCGCGGGAGUCCAGAGUCCGUAGAAGUCGGCGGUCUUCCAGACGACGUCCACUUCCGAAACCCAAACACCUACGACAUCGUGUGCCUGGAGAAAAUCCUUCAAGCUGCAGAUAAAAUAACGUUCAACGUCAAGAGUCCGCUACAACCUUUUGCAGAAAUCUGCAGCCAAGCGUCAAACACAGCAGGAACAGAAGCCUCAACGAACCGACGAAAACGCAAGCGAGUCCAGGAGAGCAGCCGGGUACCUGCUUCCUCGGAGCUGGGGAUUUCCACCAAUCAGAUCCCAGUCAUGCAGUGGCCCAUGUACAUGGUGGACUACAGCGGCGUCAACGUGCAGGUUCCUGGGAAGGUCAAUUACUGAGGGACGAAGCCGCGCUGCUGCAAAGGAACAACCACCAGGGGGCCGUCAGUACUGGCGCCCCCCCCCCCCUCGACAGACAGCAACACUUUCCCGAGCGCUGAGACUUUAGAGAGCCGCAAUCGCCUCCGGCCGAGAAGCAGGUCCCGGCUGCCGAGGAGCAGAAUGUAUGUGGAUCAAGAUGCUGCAGGGCCAACGCUGGGCUCGUCUCCUGCCUCCCAGAGUGCAGCGGGACGCCCGCCGGGUUUUGUUCCGGUUGUUUCUGGAGCUGGUCGCGACCUCGCCGGAGUUGUUUAGUUCUGCAUUUCUAACGUGUCCAUCCACUGAGUCAUGUUUUUAGAUUCAGCAUUUGGCUGCAAUGUAUAACUGACAAAUGUCUUUGAUAAUGAUCUGGUUCCAUAUUAUUCAGAUAUUUGUACUUUUUAUUUAUUAUAUUUAUUGAAAUAUAACAUUAUGUGCAGGGAUGUAAAAUAUAUUAUUCUGUUAUACAGCUCUUUGAGGAACUAUCACCACACUAACGGACGCUACGAGCCAGCGAGUCGGCUGCUGACGUCACAUUUAACAGCAGCUUUGACGCUCUGAACGAGGUUUUUUUGUUGUUGACUCUGCGUUCGGGGGGAGAUCUCCGCUGAGCUGUCAGCAGGAGCUACAUGCAGUAAAAACCUGUCUGUUUUAUGUUAACGCCGCAUUAACGUGUAAAUACCACGUCAUUUUAAGUCAGCCUGAAUGUAUCAUGUAAAGAAAAGAAUGGUAUGUUAUUCCACGAUGACGUCUCUGGACUAACGAUAUUUAAUAUGCUGUACCUUAAUGCCAAUUAGGCCUUUAAAAUAAAAUGUGUUGCCUUGCACUUUGA